AUGCCCCUCAAGGUCUUAUAUGGGAGGCAGAGGUUUCCAGCGUUGCUGCUGCUGUCGCUAUCGUCCUUCAUGCUGGAUGUGAGAGGGAAGAGGAGAGAGAGCGGUUCCAACACAUCCGUGACUCCUCUUAUUCUUCUUGUGGAUGUGUACGAUACAACUUUCCUGGUCGGGAGCAAGGACAGGUGUCUGCCAGCAUGCAGAGAUGGAUCGGAAGGCGAGUGCAGGAAGGACCUGGGCAAUGACGACGUCACCAGGUUCGGGCUCGGUCAGAGAAGGAUGUUUGGGAUAGUGAGAGACAACGGAUGCCCCUUUCCUCAUCUCAAGUCGAUGAAGGAGAGUGCGCUCGCCCAGAACAAGAUCUCAGCGGUGAUCCACACGGAUUUUGUGCUCCAGGAUGAUUACGACGAGUGCAGCUCCGCUGCUCUUGCUCAGAGUCCCUUCGUUGGAGGCCAUGAAGUCCUCAACUACAGCAGUGCGUUGAAAGUAGCCUGGCUGGUAGAGCCGCGGCAGCUCUCCUCCGCUUCAUAUGCCGUGGCGUCUGCUGCGCGGGAAAAGUUCGAUCUCAUCUUCACGCACAUGCAGGAAUACGUGAGAGCGGAUAGCAGAAAGUUCCGCUUCUGCCCGUUCGGGACGACCUAUCUCCGGAGAAAACUCCACAAGAUGCACAACAAGACCAGACGGGUGUCCAUCAUAGCGUCGAGGAAGGGCUACGACGAGGGAGGGAUGGAGGGACACAGGAUGCGGCACAAUGUCAUCCGCUCCUUCUCCUCGAGGAUCGACGGGCUGUUUGCGAGCGGGUACGAGGGAAGCGAGCGAGGAUGGCAGGACAACAAGGCGGCGGGGCUGCAGGACUUCAUGUUCUCCAUCGUUAUAGAGAAUGUGAAGGAGGAUUGCUGGUUCACAGAGAAACUUCUCGAUUGUUUCCUCACAGGGACGGUUCCAAUCUACUGGGGUUGCCCCUCCAUCCACGAGCACUUUGAUACCAGGGGGAUGAUCCUACUCGAGGACGUGAGGGCGCUGGACGAGAUCCUCGGCCGUCUCUCUCCGAUGCUCUACGACGAGUUGCUCCCUUUCGCCCGCAGCAACUUCAAGACGGCUCAGCGGCAUUACCUGGAUCCUCUCCUCUGGAUGUGGGAGAGAGAAAUCUCUCCCCUGCUCCGUGAAGUGGAGGAGGGGAGAUACCGGCCAGUCAGCCAGGUGCGACCAUGCAACGUCUCGCUCACCCCUGCAGAGCAGGAGGAGGACGCCUUAGCUGACUCGGCUGACUUAGCUGAAAGCCCGGACUUGAUCAUCCUCUUGCUAGUAGAUAGGGAAGUCAGCCGGCACUUCCUCGCGCGGACGUUGGAGAGCAUCCUUGGACAAUCCUACGAGGGAUGGAGGUGUAUAGUGGCCGCGAACAAUGCGAGUCUUCAGGACGUGCGACAUGUAAUGGAGGAACUGAAUGUUGCCGUCGACACAGGCGGCAAAUUUACACUGCAUGUAUCCGGGAAGGGAGACAGGGAGGAGUACUCGCCUAUCUACCACAUCCUGUACUCACUGGAAACAUUGCAAGACUCCGAUGUCGUCCUCCUCCUCCAGGGGGGCGACUGGCUGCACGGGCGACGAUCGUUGUGGGAGAUCGCGAGGGCAUACCGAGGAAACGUCUGGCUCACCUACGGCAGGGCGAUUGAAUACCCGUCCGGAAAGGUUCAGGCUCAUGUGCGAGGGAUGAGCGAGGAAGAGGUGAAGGGCAACAGAGCCCGCUACAUCGGCCACUGGACUUUCGGUCCUCCGUACUCCUUCAAGGUUGGUCUCGUUCGCGGCAUCCACACUCACGACUUGACGUCCAACCUCAACCGCGACGUCCUGUUGACCUCCCUGUUCGAUCGCGGCAAGCCAGAGCACGUCAAACUCGACGAGAUGUACAUGCAGAGCAGGGUAGACUUCAAGUCUCAGCGCAAGUUCGUAGAUACCUUCCUCCCGCCCCCGGUGUGGGAGCCUGCGCUAAUCUGGCCCCUCGUAGAGAUGGCAGGUCGCCACGUCCUCUACCUCGAUCGGAUCGUCUACGUCUUCAACGUCCUCACGAGGAAGGAGCUCCACCGGCACUCCGGCAUCUUCGGCCAUCCGGCGGUCAAGUGGCUGCAGCCGAGAGAUGGUGAGAUCUUGGUUGUGGAGGAGCUCUGCCAGGACGGAGGAGACUGCAGUAUCGUGAUGGAGGUGGAGACGACAUCCCUCGACAUUCCCUGGCAAGGCUGCUUGAGAGGCUGGUUGAAUCUCUUCCCCAUCUUGGAGAUCUGCUCUGCUCAGUUCCAUGGGAAAAUCUCCAUCCUCAGCCUUCCAUCGGGCGCCUACAACCUCGAGCUUCAAUUCAUCCCGAACCCGGACUCUCAUCUGCAGCAAAGAGAGAUUGAGGACAAGCUCACCUUCUACGUGAGGAGAGCGCACGAGCCAGCCACCGUCAUGGAUGUUUUCCCAGGUACCUUUGCUUUCCCUCAUUGCCCCCUCCCCUGCUUCGCGAUUCCUCUACCCACAUUUCGAACGUUUUGA